ACGUGACUUUAGUAAACAAUAGCAAAGACAGCUAGCUAGAGGUGAUGCACGCUUAGUUUUUGUGGUCAGUGCGAUGGACGAGACGUGAUUGGGUUCAUCAUACAUAGUUUGGAGUUUUGGACUGUUGUAUUGAUUCAUGUGUAUUGCUAGUUCUCUAUAUUCUUCCACAUGAGCUGAACUUCCUAUAGCUACGACAUGGGUAUUCCAAAGGUUUGGCUCAUAACGUUUGUAUCGGUUUGCACGAGCGCUCAGUACCAACCCAACUGGGACUCGAUCGACUCGCGGUCCCUGCCCGCGUGGUAUGACCAGUCCAAGUUCGGUGUCUUCAUUCACUGGGGACUCUACAGCGUACCAAGCUUCGAACCAAACAGUGAGUGGUUCUGGUGGAGAUGGAAAGGCAGUGAUCCAAGUCCUGAUGUGGACAAGUUUAUGAAAGACAUUUACAAACCUUACUUCACAUAUUCUGACUUUGCUUCCAGUUUCAGAGCUGAGUUCUUUGACCCUUAUGAGUGGACAGAUAUCCUUCAAGCCUCUGGAGCAAAAUAUGUAGUAUUGACGAGCAAGCACCAUGAUGGGUUUACAAACUGGCCUUCAAAAUAUUCAUGGAACUGGAACUCUGAUAUUGGACCAAGCAGGGAUCUUGUAGGUGAACUUGCUAGUGCAUUACGAAAUGAAACUGACAUUCGUUUUGGGCUCUACUACUCGCUUUAUGAAUGGUUUAAUCCACUGUAUCUAGAAGAUAAGGCUAAUAGAUUCAGAACCAAUGAGUACUGUAUGCAAUUGCUUUGGCCAGAGUUGUUGGAGCUUGUAAAUAAGUAUAAACCUGAUGUUUUCUGGUCUGAUGGAGACACGCAGGCUUAUGAUAGUUACUGGAACAGUACAGAGAUCCUGGCCUGGCUCUAUAAUUCUAGUCCAACAAAGGACACCAUAGUGACCAAUGAUCGUUGGGGAUACGGCACUAGAUGCAGACAUGGAGGUUUUUAUACCUGUAAAGAUGAGCAUAAACCUAUGAUUCUACGGAGGCAUAAAUGGGAGAAUUAUGUGAGUAUUGAUAAAGCAUCAUCAGGAUUCAGACGUACUGCCUCACUUACCGACUAUAGAAACAUGGAUGAACUCAUUGAAUUACUUGCUAGCACUGUCAGCUGCAACGGCAAUCUUAUAAUUAACAUUGGCCCGACAGCUGAGGGUGAUAUCAUACCCAUCUAUGAAGAACGUCUUAGAUCCAUGGGUGAUUGGCUGAAGGUGAAUGGAGAAGCUAUCUUUGAAACCAGGCCUUGGAGGGCACAAAAUGAUACUGUCACUGAAGGAAUCUGGUAUACCAACAAGACUACUGGUAUCUAUGCUAUAGUCCUGGACUGGCCGACUAACAAUAAGCUGUUUCUAGGUGCCCCUAUACCUUCCUCUCAGUCUUCCCUGUUCAUGUUGGGGUAUAACCAGCCAUUGAAGUGGUCUGGAUAUGCCGGUAAACCUGGUAUCCACGUUACCAUGCCCCAACUCAACCCAGCAACAAUGCCAUGUGAAUGGGCUUGGGUGAUUAAGAUGAAGAUGGUUCAGUAAUAGAGUGAGUUGUGGGAGGGGUUGGUUGCCGGGGUAGAAGGACACGUGUCAUUUGCACUGCUAUCCAUAAUGUGUGACUGAACAGCAUAGCAAUUCUGUAAAAAAUGUCUUAAUUAGAGAGAUAGUCCAGGGGGUAGGUUUCGUACUUUGAACCACAAAGUACCAGGUUCAAAUCUCUACAUACAGCAGCAGUAAUGUUCUACAAACGGUGUAAAGAUGGUAUUACAGAAUACAGUACAAUAUAUACAUAUGAAUAUUCCAAUGCAUAAAGAAAACAUACACUACACAAAACAAUAAUCCAAAAUCUGAACAAUACUUAAAUAGAAAAGAAGAGAAACAGUAUAUGUAAAUGUGGGGGGUCAUUUGAAACGUUUAAAACUUAUAACAUAAUCCCAAUUUGGUCAUUAAAAGUUUGAUUUUGCAGAGAAAGACUAGGGGGAAAAAUGAAAUGUAAUUGAGGUAACUUGGUCUAGGGAAUUAAAGUUUUUGUAGAAGAAAUGUUUUGAAGUUUAUAUUUGAAUAUAUUAAGGGAUAGUGAACUUUUUACAUCUUCAGGGAGACUGUUCCAGAAUACAGGACCAUUAGGAAUUAUUGACUUUCGGGAUAAGGAUAAUUUCCCACAUGAAAGAGGGUAAUUAGAUUUUCUUCUAGUAUCAUAAUUGUGAAUAUCAGAAUUUUUACAAAAUAAAGAAUAAAAAGAUUAUUGGAAGUAAUUUCUUGUAGUAUGAAGAUGAAUCUACAUUUGCCACAUAUGAUGAAUGUGAGGUAAAUGGAUACUUAGCAGGAAUUAAUUCCUUUCAAAGCAGAUAUGAACUGGCAGUCAAUAGCACCACCACCUCACAUCCUCAACUACUCAACACUGUCCAGGUUGUUAACCCAGAAUGCAACAUUCUUAUCAGUGUAGUCUUGUGUUACAGGCCCACUUGAAUGAUAACAUGCUAAUUCAGUACUCAAUGGAUUCUUACCAAAGUUUUCUUGCCCAUUAGUUACCAAAAACAUUUUCAGUUUCUCUGUACAACUCCAAUCAAAGGCUAUUCUCUGUGUUAUUAAUAGUUAUCUAUGAAAACAUUACUUUUGAGACUAGCUAUGUAAACCACAGAAUCGAUGAGAGACCACACAGUGUUGGUAAAUUCCUCAUCCUCUAAAUGCUUGUGCGGUGUAAAGGGUUACCGGGGUAAGCCAGGGUUAUGAAGUUCUUAGGAAGCAUAUAGAGAUGUUAAACAAAACAUUCAAUUUGUUCAACAUGAUAAGUGCUAUUCAAGAAGAGAGUUUUGUAAUUGUUAUUAUUAUCAGAUAGUGGGAACAUGACCACUUUUCUUUAGUAUUAAUAAGAACAACCAGUUUAUAACUUAUAAGGACCACUAUUUUGUUGAUGAAGUAUUCAGAUGUGCGAAUAAAUGUAUUUUUAGCAGUACUUUAACAGCAUUGUUAGCAGUGCUACUUAAUGAUCAGUUUAUAAGGAACUUUCCUCCUUCACAACAUUGGUUUUUUGCAAUGAACAUACUAAAUAUGUUUUACACAAAUGUUUUUUAAAUAAAUAUGUAUACACAUAUGUUACAUAUGUUUUACUCGCAGUACUAUGAUAUAUCACUUUUUUUGGGGGGGGGGUUCGUAAACCACCUUGUCAUAAUUUUUUUUUUGGGGGGGUGUCCAUGUCCCAGUUUAUCAAUAACCCUGUGCUAUUUAUUCCUCUUUUUAAUUUAACAUUUGAAAUUUUAGAUCAAUUCCUCCUGCUAAACUGGGCAUGCAGUUAAUUUUACAAACACAAUAUUGGGGAUAGCCAAGUCAUUUUGAAGGACAUGCGGUAGUAGGACUUUUGGCCCGGGGGGGGGGGCCACUUACACUUAUUGACGGGUGGAUACCAUGCGUGACAAAAAAACACGUAAAAGGAUGUCUUUUUCAAGAUAGGGCAUGUUACGUACUUAACGUAAGAAGGGUGUCAAAAACACUAAAAUAAUGAAAAAAGGGUAUCUAUUUUCGCUAGGAAAGCUACAUGUUUAGGGUCAAAUUUACGAAGGUGUAAAAACUUAAGUCUAAAAUGUUUUAUAAAGGAUGUACUUUCUGCCCCAAGAGUCAACACUACGGGUUUAGAGUACGGAUUUGCGCGAGAUGAGGUGGGGCUGUACUAAAACCAAUGAUGUUGGUAAAGGUACGACCGACGUCCGUGACUAUAUCGCUGUACUUGUUUAGGGGUCAAUUCAGGGAGUACUUGGCAAGAGUAUCGUUUUGUUUGCAAUACUUGUAAAGGGUAGGGUUUCACACGCCAAUACUUGUUACGGGGUGCAUUUUCAGAAUAUGGAAAAUACUUGUUUAGGGUGCUUUUCGAAACCCCAUGGUCGCGCAUGGUAUCCACUCGUCAAUGGAAGUGCCCCCCCCCCCCCCCGGACUAUUGGUAGGUCUGUCC